UCUUGAUUUGCAAUUUGUCACGAUUGUUUAUUUUUACGACACCGGUUUAUUUGCAGUCUUAAAAAUCAGAAAAUUACAUAUUGGAAUCAGCUAAUUUACGGUUGUUGUCGUUAUGGAAGAAAACAAGUGUGGCUUUUGCCACAGUGGAGUUGAAAAUGAGGCUGUGUGUGGUUCCUUACAUAAAGAUAAAACAGAUGGGAAAGUUGUAUGUGCUCAUCACAAGUGUAUGCAAUAUUCAGCAUGUUUGGUACAGUAUAAGACAGAUAGUUUUGGUGGAUUUAAAAAGCAGGAGGUUAUCAAAGAAAUUAAAAGGGGAAGCAGGCUGAUAUGUGCACUAUGUAAAGUUGAUAAAAACAAGAAAUACAAGAAAGGAGCUACAUCUGGUUGUGCGUGGGCAUCAUGUCGAAAAACAUUUCACUAUCUUUGUGUCUCAAUGAAUCCAAAAACAGUGGCAAAACGGUACAGAGUAGCUGCUGGAGACAAAGUUGUUAUCUUAUACAGAGUUUUUUGCUGCCAAGAUCAUGAAAAUAGAUACAGAGAAAAUUUGAGUGCGGAUGAUAUUGUUGGUAAGAAUGAAUCAAGUGAUGAUGGUGGUGAUUCAGAUGAUGACGAUGAUGAUGAUAAUGAUGACGACAGCAAUGGGUCUGAUAGUGAACCACCAAAAAAGAAAUCCAAGUCGUCAUCUUCCCAGGACAAACCAUUGAAGAAGGAGGAGGGGGAGUCAGGCAUGUCAAGUCCUGCUAUGACAUCGGAGGAAGUAGUGUCCGAGACUCAGAGACAAUUGAAAAUUUUGCAGAAGCGAAAUAAAACAGAAAAUAACCUGAAAAAAAAUGGGAAUGAAGACGAUUCUUUGACAGGAAGUUCUCAAAAUGAUUCAUUGGUAACAGCGACUUCCGGCCACGAUUCAUUUGGUGAUGUCACUGAAGACUUCAACACUAGCAAUAGUCCUAUAGAAUCAGAGUUAUCAGAGAAUGGUCAUUUGAUUAGAAAUAUUGAUGAAGGGUUUCAUAUUAUCAUUCCCAGCAAAUUAGAAGCGGCAGAUUUAAAAACCAUUUGCAGAGAAGUCGGGUAUUCGGAAGAAACUUGUCUCCUUUGGCCUAAAGGCUAUAAUAAGAAGGGACUGCAAGAUAAACACAUGCCCUAUAUUAUGUGGAAUUUAGCCAGUAAACUUAGCCACAAAGACACAGAAGGAUUUGUAGAUGCACUCACUAAUGUAUCAGUGGAACAGUAUGAAUGUAUGAGCUGUAUAAAUGACUCCGAUGAAAACAUGGAACUACGAGUGAAAAAAUUGUCUCAUAAGAUCAAUUCAAAAUAUAAAUCAGGAGUAGCUAACAUUCUAAGUAUAAAUGACAAUAACUUGUACAUUCUAACAUUGUCUCUUCCAAAAUCUGUACUCGAAGUUGGUGAUGUGUGGUCCAUUGUAAGUGUGUACCAAUGGACAAAGCACACGAUUAUGCCCAAUCAUACUGCUAAACAUCUACGACCUUCUGCGGAGAAGAAAAUCAUGCUAAACUGGCUCUUACCAAAGCUGCAGAACAGAUGUAUUGAAGUAAAUGUAUUCCCCCAAGAAGAGGCGUUACGUGUUGACCAUGGCCCAAAAUUUCUUUGUGUGGCCCGGGAGAUAGAAUUUCAGCUGGAGACCAUCUCUCCAAACCCACUUUUAAAGAGUUUGGUAAAGGUGAUGAUUGUACGUAAGGUUGACCGCGAUGUUGUAAACUUCAAACACUAUCUGCAGAAACUUGUUCAGCAAUUUGUUCGAAAAAACGCUGAGCAUGAAUGUUUCUGUGUCGUACAUGUUAUGCCAUCGGACGGUAUACACAUGUUAGAAGAUGUGUUGCCAUCAAGGACAAAGCAAGCUUGUGGUCUGAACAUAAAGGUGUUCAGUGCCUUUAAUCCGAAUGAUGUGCCAGUAUCGUGUGUUGUUCUGUACACCGCAAACUCUGAACUAUCUGAAGAUACUGAUAGUGGUGACCAACAAUUGGAGAAAAGUGUAACAUCAUUGUAUAAAGAGGAGACCAGUAAUUUGUACCUGGAUGUUGAUGCUACACCAACAUAUCUCUGACAAUUUUCAAUUCUACUAUUUCAAGCAACUUAACUUUUUUCUAUUAUAAUUAUGCAGGAUUCAGGGCCACAAGUGCCCCGCAUGUUCCUCUUUUCCUAGUUAUGCAGAAGAAAUAUAGUGGGGAAAAACUUUUACCCACUAUUCUUAGUUUUCCAUUAGAAAGGCAGAUUUAUAACUUGCUGUGCAUUUGCAUUAAUAACCAUAUUAUUGUUACUUCUUUCUCACAGAUCUGGUCAACAUCAGUUUAAGAUAUCAGUUUUAAGAUGAUUAUUUUUAAAUGCCGUAUUAAGUUAAUAAUGCUUAGAUAAGCAUAUUAAAAGUCUUUAAAUUCUUUUCAAAAAGUUUGAUAAUUUUGCAUGUGGUAUAAUUAAGUCUGUGUCUACAAUAUUUGUGAAAAUCAUGGACUGUCAAAAAUGCUCCCCUCCGCACCUAGCCCUUUUUUAGGGAUGAAAAAAUAAUUAUGGCCCCUGGAUCAAAUACGCAUAAAGCAUAAUUCGGUAUACCUCUACAAUAAACAAUAUAACUUGUGCACUUGGGGAUCAAAAAUGACCCUGACCAUGAAUCUCAUGAGGGCAUUCUUUGGCCAUCACGGCCAUGUUAUUUUGUACAGAGCAUAACUUGAAAGAUAUUGAAUGUAUCAUUAUAAAGCAUUUAAAUUGGAUAGAUCUCAUCGAGGAGGUGUAGUGCUUGAAAAGCAAAACUUUCUUUGGCAUAAGUGGAGUUAUUGUCCUUUGUAAUUUUUCAAACCGAGUAGAACUCGGACUUUAUGAGGGGUAUUUGUGCUUCAUCUCUGUUGUAUUUUUUUUAUUUUGAAAAUAUCAAGUGUCAUAUUGUACAUGUAUACAGCUUUUAAUGCAAACUUUGCUUUUUGGUUUUUUUUGGGUAUAUUUUAAUGUUUAAAUGUGUUUACGGUCAAUUAUAUGUAGAUAUAUGUGUUAUGAUUAUAUGUAUCCAUAGAAAAUGUGUUCAUGAUUAUACAUGUAUGUUACAUUAGAAAAUGUGUUCAUAAUUAUACUUAUCCAUACAAAUUGUGUUCAUGGUUCAUAAUACAGCUGACAAAAUAUAAUCAUGUUGAAAUUUAUCCAUAGAGAAGUGUAUUUCUUGAAUAUAUGUGUUCCUGGUUAAAUAAGUCCAUGGAAAUAUAUUCAUGGAUAAAAAUUCAUUGAGAAAAAAAACGUCUUUUGUAUGCAUGUUAAUUUGUUAAAUGUAUUCAUGGAAGAAUGUAUCCUGUUUAAAAAUGUUAUUGUGGAUAAAUGUUUUGUUUUUUUAGCUUACUAUGUUACUAUGUUAUGUUUUUUUUAGUGUAUUCAUUGUGAAAUAUAUUCCUAGAAAAAUU